ACCGAUAAGUGCGGUCAUCAAGUUGCAACCCUAUAUAGACGCCGGUGUAAAGAAAAAAAACGGAACAAUUUCUGCAGCCGUAGCCGUAAAAAAUUCCGAGUAACGUGAAAAACACCACCGAAAAGUGAAUUCCAGAAAUACGUGUACCGACGUAAAACGAGGAAUACCACACGAACAAGAUGUCGGACAUCUCCAGCGAGGACCUGCGUCGCGAAAUCCAGGCUGUCCUCAAGGACGCUGAUUUGGCCACCAUUUCUGCCAAGCGGGUGCGCGAACAGGUGGAGGGCAAGCUCAACUGCUCGCUGCUGAGCCGCAAGAAGGAGUUCGACAAGAUCGUGAUGGAGGUGAUCAACGAGCAGCAAGACGACGAGGACGAGGACGACGACGAGGGCAAGGACCCGGAUGCGGAGCCCGACGAGGAGAGCGAACCCAGCGAAGAGGAGGAUCCGAGCAGCAGCGAGGAAGAGGCUGCCGCCCAGAAGCAGAAGAAAAAACCAGGUCCCAAGAAGAGGCCACAACCCACCAAGCACAAGGCUCCGAAGAAGAAGCGCAAGACCCUGAAUGCCGAUGAUUCCGGAACCGAGAGUGAUGCAGGAUCGGAUUCGGACUACGAGGUGGUCAAGAAGCCGGCCGCCAAGAAGAAGGCAGGCAAGGCUGCCGGAGGUACGGGUUCCGGAUCGGGUCGCAAGUCCACCGGCUUCACCCGAGCCUACAAUCUCUCGCCCGAACUGAGCGCCCUCAUGGGCGAAUCCUCGCUACCCCGCCACGAAGUGGUCAAGAAGGUGUGGGCCAUCAUCAAGGAGCGCGACCUGUACGAUCCCAAGAACAAGCAGUUCGCCAUCUGCGACGACGAGCUGAUGAAGGUGAUGAAGAUUCGCCGAUUCCGCACCUUCGGCAUGCUCAAGCACCUCAAGCCUCACUUUCUCGACUAAAUCUGCGCCGCCCGCCGCCGAUCCUCUCCAGAUGCAAACCCUAUAUACAUAUAUGGUUUACCUUUAGCCCACUGUAACCUUUCGGCUCCGCUUCGAUUUGUUUGUUCCACACACACACAACCUUUGAUUAAGAUUUAGUUGACGCAUGUGUUUAGCAUUAACCUAAUUAGGACGGGUUUGAUAUGUGCACUUUACGGCAUUUUAAGAUAGAGAUUGAACGGAGAAAUUAUUAUAAAACAUAAAACACUAAAACGUGAAUUGUAAUACAUAAUGUGUAUGAUUUUUUUAUAACAAACUCGUGUAGUUUACAUUUUAUAAAAUAUCAAAGAAAAACAUAACAAGAUUAAGGCAAGUAUCAAGUAAUAAAAAGAGAAAUAGACGAGUGAUGCAUCUGAAA